CGAGUAGAACUGGAUUCAGUUUGCCUAAUUUACCUUUCUACCCCUCGAUUUCAGGUAACUCUCUUCUUCGUAAGCGUCUAAUUGAGAUGGGAUUCGUAGAAAAUUAGAUUGGAUUAAGCUUUUGAUAUGAACUCUUUAACUCAUUCGGGCACAAGUGUUGUCCGUAAAGCUUCUCGCUUUCUUCUAACCUCAAGGAGAUUCAGCGAUUCUACUCGCAUCAAUGCCGAUGAAACCGAUAAUUGUUUGCCUCCUCCUGUAGAAGAGACAUUGAAGAUAACAUGGGAAACUUCGGAGAUGGAUUGUGGGUUCACCGAGGAACAUGAGAAAGUCUCUGUUAGGAAGAGGUUUCUAGAGAGUACUAAGCUCAGUGCGUCUCAAGUUCUCGAUACUUUACAGCAAGAUUGUCCAGGUUUCAAUACAAAAUCAGCUUUAGAUGAGUUGAAUGUUCAAAUCUCAGGGCUUUUAGUGAGAGAGGUUCUCGUUGGGAUCUUGAGGAGACUUAGCUUUGAUAACAAGACAAGGUGUGCUAAGCUAGCUUACAAGUUCUUUGUUUGGUGUGGUGAGCAAGAGUCUUUCAAGCACACGGCUAACUGCUAUCAUCUACUUAUGAAGAUAUUUGCGGAGUGUGGCGAGUAUAAAGCCAUGUGCAGGCUUGUCGACGAGAUGAUUAAAGACGGUUACCCGACAACGGCUAGGACGUUUAAUCUCUUGAUAUGCACUUGCGGUGAAGCAGGUCUUGUAAGAGAAGUCGUGGAGCAGUUCAUCAAAUCGAAAACAUUCAACUACAGACCUUUCAAACACUCUUACAACGCCAUCUUACACUCGUUGCUAGGUGUGAAACAGUACAAGCUGAUCGAGUGGGUGUACGAGCAGAUGUUAGAACACGGGUUCUCACCGGAUAUUCUGAGUUAUAACGUUGUAAUGUUUGCAAGCUUUAGGUUAGGUAAAACAGAUAAGCUUUAUAGAUUGCUUGAUGAGAUGGUUAAAGACGGGUUUUCUCCGGAUCUGCACACAUACAACAUCCUCCUCCACCAUCUUGCAACAGGGAAUAAGCCUCUCGCGGCUUUGAACUUACUGAACCAUAUGAGGGAAGUAGGAGUAGAGCCGAGUGUGAUCCAUUUCACUACUCUGAUAGAUGGGCUGAGCCGAGCCGGGAAGUUAGAAGCUUGCAAGUACUUUAUGGACGAGAUGGUGAAAGCUGGGUGUACACCAGAUGUUGUAUGCUACACUGUUGUGAUCACAGGGUAUAUAUCAGGUGGGGAGUUAGAGAAAGCUGAGGAGAUGUUCAGGGAGAUGACGGUGAAGGGGCAGCUUCCGAAUGUUUUCACUUACAACUCCAUGAUCCGUGGGUUUUGUAUGGCUGGGAAGUUUAAAGAGGCACGGUCGUUGCUCAAGGAGAUGGAGUCGAGAGGGUGUAACCCUAACUUUGUGGUGUAUAGUACACUGGUGAAUAAUUUGAGGAACGCAGGGAAGCUUGUAGAGGCUCAUGAGGUUGUUAAGGAUAUGGUGGAGAAAGGGCAUUAUGUUCAUCUUAUUUCAAAGUUUAAAAAAUAUACAAGAUCAUAGUGUUUGUUUCAAAAGUCAGUUUUUGUGGUAACUAAUAACUGUAAAAACAAAUAUAGCUGUUCUCGUUUUACUAGGCUAUUA